AUGAGGUACGCCGGCAUCGCUGCCGUCGGGAUUUUGGGCUCUGCGAUGGCCCUGCCCGCCCAACCAGGCACUGGUGAUCGCACUGGCGAUAUCAGACCUGGCGGCCCUGAGGAGUCACCCGGCUUCAUGAGAGGCCCGAACUGGGGCUCGCCACCACAACCCACCUCCGUUGGUAUUCCGAAUGCUGCUGCAGGUGCUGCUGCCAAUAACGUUGCCGGUCAUGCUGGUGCAACUCACGCUCCAGGUUGGUCUCCAUCUCGCCCUGGAGACGCCAUAGGCGUCGAAGCCAGCAGCUUUGUCGACCGAGUCGCUAGCAAGGUCGGCAGCUUCAUCAACAAGCACUGGCCUAAUCUGAAGGAGGAAGAAUUGAAAAAGGUCGAAGCUGUCGUGCUCGAAAAUUUCGCUCCUUCCUCCACCCGUCUGCCCUCAUCGUGGGGUUCCAGUGGCCUCCCAUCUACCCACCCCAGCACACCCACCGCAAGCCAGAUUUGGAUUGAGAAGAAACCGGGAGAGAAGGAAGGGGACGAAGAGAAAGGGCAAGUGGAACCACAGAGCCGGGGUAACACCCCGGCUACUAUUAAUGGCGUUACGGUUACGUUUACGGCUACGCCUUGGACCAAGCCUACUGAAACUUCUAAUCAAGACCGCCCCGGUCGUCAUGGUGGUUCCAGAGAUGAGCAAGGUGAUGUUUCUGAUGAUGGUCCUCAUGGUGGCUCCCAUGAUGGUCACGGUGAUGGCCCUGGUGAUGGUCCUCAUGGUGGCUCCCACGAUGGUCACGGUGAUGGCCCUGGUGAUGGUCCUCAUGGUGGCUCCCACGAUGGUCACGGUGAUGGCCCUGGUGGAGGUCCUCACGGUGGCUCCGGCCGCGGCCCUCAUGGCGGUGGUGGAGACAAGCCGACAUCGACACGCUCUACUGUCUCGCCGUCCUCUAGCUCCGUUCCGAUGUUGAACCAUGAGGCUCCUGCGUCCGGUGGUGAGAGACCUGACAUUCCAACGCAGUAA